AGGUUCUCGGAUAACAUAAUUUGAAAAUUAAGAGGGGCAACAAAAUCGAGAAGAGGGAUCCAUCACUGACCAACCCUGCCCAGCGACAACCCUAUAACAUUCCCAUUUUCUCAGUGCUGAGCGAGUGAGCUAUGAUGGUUUGCUCCGCCUCCAGUGUGAGUGUGUGCACACUCUAUAAACACCAACCAUUACUUCUUCAUCAUCCCCCUCAACCCAAAACACCACCACGACGACCAUUUCAAUUGGGCAUUUCUGUCAAAAAAACAACUUCCAUCUCUUACAUAACAAAACCCCAUCAUCAUAAUUCUUCGCGUUUUCGUUGUACCUCUCUGUUGACUUCUGAGAUUGCCCCUGUUGCAUCUGCAGCUUAUGGGGUUUUGCUUCUGGGUGGUGGUCUUUUUGCUUAUACAAGAACUCAGAGUAAAGGGUCACUUUUCGGUGGACUUACUGGGGCUGCUCUCAUGGGCACUGCUUACUUCUUAAUGCAAGCUCACGAUACACAGGAGUUGGGUGAAGCCCUUGCUUUUGGAUCUGCUCUUCUUUUUGCCAGUGUUUUUGGUAUACGCUUGGCAGCUACUCGGAAGAUAGUGCCAGCAGGCCCUUUGUUAGCCCUCUCUCUAUGUGCACUAGUUUUGUUUCUCUCAGCAUAUCUUCAAGGGACUGUCUAACGUAAGAACAAAUUGCUACUGAAUUACAGUUUCCUUGGCAAAUGGAAUGCACUCACAUCAUAACUUGUCUGUUGGUUACCCCAGAAAUGUUCUUUAGUACUUUUCUGUUGCUACUGACUAUUCCGGUCAUAUCUUAUAUCAGUUGCUUUUUGCAUAUGUACACUCUGAUGUUUGUUCAGUCAAAUCGAAAUGUUCAUUUUA